AUGACAAUGUCAUAUGCCCGGCCAAUCUUCACGGCCUUCUCGAAGCUGCAGAGCAUAUCAAUUAACGUAAUCGCCUUGUACAAAACAAAGUCCAGGAAGACGAACGUGCGGCAGCUGCGUGAUGGCACAUUCAUCAUUCGUGGUGAAAAAGUUCCAUCUCGAAACAUUGGAGACGUCGGAUUUGUCGCAUACCCAGUUGUCCAACUUGUCGAUAGGCACGAGUCCUAUCACCUCACCCGGCUAUCUUUCGAUUUCGUCCUCUGCAUCAAAAGACCAUCACCAUCAUCAAUUGCUGUCCUCCAACAUCAGCAGAUGACUCACAAGCAGAUGCCUUGUAUGGGAUUUGAAAGAAGUCAACCGCAAAGAGAAGUCCUUCCGAAAUUUGUUGAGUUUCAAUGCGAAAAUCGGGGUGCGAAGUGGAGCAUAGGAUUGGGAGAUUUAGAUGAAGGAUUACGGCUGCUUCCCAAGGACCGAGAGCCUCUGGUGAAAGCGCCUAAAUGCAUCGAACAAGGAUCUUGGAACGAAUUCCGACAGCCAUCAAGGAUCUGCUAG